GGCUGGGUCUAAGGCCGAUUUCCGGGUCUCAUGAUUGAAGGACGAGGCAGAACUCAGUGUCUCCUCAUGAAACUCAAUAAAAUGCUCAAACGAUUUCUCUAAGAGUCAACCUCACAGCCAAGGUUUCUCCAAUGGCCGAGCUAACAAGGCAUAUGUAGUUUCUUCAGAAGUCCUCAUUGGUCGAAACGAUGCUUGUAGACUGGGUCUUUGAAGGCGAUUUCGUAGACUAAUGGGCCAACAAAAUGGAAAGAGUUUCAGCAGUAAAAGCACAAAGAUUAACAAGGGAUCCACUCUCAAGGGUAAAGAUCCCGCCAGUACUCGACCGUCGCAAAAUGCAGAAAUCACACGUCGUCCCCUGCCAGAAACACCAAUUGAACAGUCCUUACAGAAAUGGGAAUCUCAAGAUGAUGUACAGAACACGGGGCUGUAUGAGGACGAUACACGCGUUUUUAUAGCAAUUCAUGAUUUCCAAUCAGGCGGUGAAAAUCAGUUAUCCAUUCGACAUGGAGAGGAGCUCAUAGUACUGCGAUAUAAUGAUACAAGGGAAUGGUGCGAGGGUCAGUCUCUAAGUGGACAAUUAGGAUGGGUUCCAAGCAGUUACAUCAAACCUGUGAACAGCCUGGAAAAACAUUCCUGGUACCACGGGCAGAUUUCCAGGAAUGCUGCUGAGUAUCUAUUGAGUAGUGGAAUCAAUGGUAGCUUCCUUGUGCGAGAAAGCGAGAGUAGUCCAGGGCAAUUAUCAAUAUCUUUACGUUAUGAUGAGCGGGUGUACCACUACCGUGUAAGCACUUCGGUGGAUAAUAAAUACUAUGUGUCAUCAGAUAAUAGGUUUUCUACCAUCGCUGAACUUGUGCACCACCACUCCGUAAAUGCGGAUGGUUUGGUGACCACCCUCCAUUAUCCUGCAGCAAAAACUCAGGAGCCGACAGUGUAUGGCUUCUCCCCUGAGCCUGAUGAGUGGGAAAUUGAAAGGACAGAAAUUGCUAUGAAGCACAAAUUAGGUGGAGGGCAAUAUGGGGAAGUAUAUGAGGGAACUUGGAAAAAGUAUAAUAAGACUGUUGCAGUGAAGACACUUAGGGAAGAAACAAUGGAAGUGGAGGAAUUCCUGAAGGAAGCAAGUGUAAUGAAGGGAAUAAAGCAUCAAAACCUUGUGCAGUUACUUGGCGUCUGCACGCGUGAGCCCCCCUUCUAUAUCAUCACUGAGUUUAUGAUGAAUGGGAACCUGCUGGAUUACUUGCGCAGUCCCAAGGGAAAGGAUUUGGAUGCAGUAACACUGAUGUACAUGGCCACACAGGUUGGGUCAGCCAUGAGCUACUUGGAAUCAAUGAAUUUUAUUCAUAGGGAUUUAGCAGCAAGGAAUUGUCUUGUUGGAGACAAUAACCUUGUGAAGGUGGCAGACUUUGGCUUGUCAAGACUUGUCAGUGAAGAUAUCUACACUGCACAUCAGGGUGCCAAGUUCCCUAUCAAGUGGACGGCCCCUGAAGCACUGGCACACAACACAUUCUCCAUCAAGUCAGAUGUCUGGGCAUUUGGAAUCUUGUUAUGGGAACUUGCAACAUACGGCAUGUCACCCUACCCUGGCAUUGACCUGUCUCAGGUGUAUGACAAGCUUGAUGGUGGUUACAGAAUGCCAUGUCCAGAGGGAUGUCCUCCGGAGGUCUACUCUCUCAUGCAAACCUGCUGGUGCUGGGAUCCAAAUAGCAGGCCAUCAUUCAAGGAAAUUCACGAGAAACUUAACACAAUGUUCCCAUCUAGCAAUGUUAAUGAAGAAGUGGAAAAGGCCCUCGAGAAACGAAAAUCCCUUCCAAGGAAGGAGAAAGAGAAGGAGAAAGAUAAGAAAGGAAAGAAAAAGAAAGGAGAACAAAAUGGUGAAAACAAUGACUCUGCAAAAGAAGAGUCAAAGAAGAAUAAGAAGGAAGCCAAGGAAGCCAAGUCGAAAACAACCCUUACGAGGAAAAAUAUCUCCAAUGCUCUAGGCCCUCCUCCUGACCCCCCUUCCCGACCGGGAGGGGGUAAGGAAGAGGAGCCCACCAGCCCUCCCCCCAUGUCAAACCUGUUACGCGAACUGGGGUCUACCUCUCUUAUGCAAAGGGCGCAGAGCCUGGAUGAAUCGUUAUCGUCAAAACAAGGGACUCCCCCUAGAAAAGCAUUGCACCCUCCUAAAAUGCAGCUUCCACUGACCUCCUCUGAUCCACAGACACGCCCUGCAAUGCCUCUUCCCUCCCCUUCACGAUCAGAAAUGCCACUGCCUCCCACACCUUCGAGUUCGUCCGAGUCUUUGCCAUCCGGUACUAAGUCUCCGACUAAGCCACUUCGGUCCAGAUCAAGUGACGAACUGGUUAAAUCGAACAGUGAAAGCAGCAAAUCAAACCCCGUCCCGCGCCCACGUAACAGACCCCCACCACCUCCCGGGGCAAGUCGGAGUUCUGCGUCAAAGGAGCCGAGCUCUAGUUGGGGGCUCUCGAACAAACAUCAACGCUCCUACUCAGCGACGACGAGAGCCCGAGACGGAUCCGAGGAGUCACAGGCAAAGCCUUCACUGUCUACGAAACCGAAACCUGUGCCCCGAGCACGUCCGAAGACCCGAGAAACACCUGUCGGGUUAAUGUCGGACGAAGAUCGAGAAUCAUCGCAGGAUUCGAUCGACGAGAUCCCAGACCAAAGACCAGCUCAUGCAAAGUUACGACAAGUUCAGUCAGAUGCUCCUAAACGGGCACAUAAGCCCUUACCCGGUGUUCCCGGGAGACCCGGUACCCCGGGAGAUGGUCGAGGUGGUCAACGCUCUAGCACCCUUGGAACUCCCGGGAAACCGAAGCCGUCUCCAGGAAAACCACGUGUUCCUACCAAGCCUGCCGUACUAAAAAAGACGCCAGCAUCGCCCGUGAACUUCGACAUAUCAAAACUAUCACCUCAAGCGCAGAAAAUCUUGCGUUUAUCCGAGGACGGGCAAAAUCAAGGGCAACAAAUUUUAGUCUUGUCUGGAGCGAGAGAAGGGGAGAAUUUGACCGACAAGGUUGAUGCAUUUCAGCGCGUCUCCCUCAAAGUCAUGGAGUCUUUGUCAAGUUUAACGGACACUCUCUCGCCCCAGUCCAGGUUCAAGUUUAGACGCACUGUCGCGGAGUUUGAGUCAAAGUACAAUGAUUUAGACUCGGUAAUACACACUGUUGGACGUAGCCUCACUGCUAUUGAUAUGGAGAGAAUCAAUAAGGUCACUGGAGGCUUGCUAGAGGCGCUAGGGACAGUCAUCACAAGUUUGCAGGCCAUGGUUGCAUAGCAACAUGUAACGUUAUUUUCUGUAGAAUCCCGAUAUACGAUAUGUAGACCAUGGCUUUUGAGCCGUUCUAUAAGCUCUGGUUGGGGCCUCUUGACUUGUUCUGACAGCAAAGCUAAACGUCAUUCCUUGGUCUGUCACAACAAGUCGCAGGCCAUCAUUGCCUUAUGACUGGUUGCAUACCAAAUCAGGCCCGUACCCAGGAUUGUUCUUGCGGGGGUGCGAAAUCCGAAAAAGUGGACCAAAUUUUCCGGGGGGGGGGGGGAAGGAAUGUCUUCUCUGAUAAAAAUCUGUCCAGCCUUUGCAGUAUCUUCACGGGACAUUUAUUGUCGGAUUUGGUUACCUACCAGAUAGGUCUAGCUUAUGGUUUAUAGUUUUGUCUACAAAUAGCACGUCCAUUGGGAUUUCGGCCGUUGUGGGGGGUUCGCACCCCCCUGGGUACGGGCCUGCAAAUUGUGUCGUCAUUUCCGUAACGUUCUUGGUCCUUGGCCUCGAUGUCGUAGGAAUGUGUGUAGCGUUUGUAACCUGGACUUUAUCUGAAGGUAGAACGAUGUCUGAUGGGUCAAGAUAAAUAGUUACGAACCAUGGCAGUAAUUCUUUAUCAGUUUUUUAGAUAUUGUACUGACCUUACGGUCAAAUGACAUGUUACUCUUGUGGCAAGGGAUGUAGCCAAAAGAUUAUCAUUGAGGCAAGAUCACAAUAAUCAAUAAGACAAUGUUUGCCCAAUGUAAAUUUCUCUAACCCUUCCCCAUUUUAUUUACCCCCUCCCCCUCAGUAAUGAACUUUUCUUUCUAGUAUGUUAUGCCUUAUAUUGGUUACAAAUUUAAGGCUAACACUUAUCUGCUAAUACAUACUGGAAAUAUGGAUUAUAUUGAAUGGAUAUAUUGGUUAAUUCCUUGUCAUUGUGACCAAUUUUUAAGUUUAGGAUCAAUUUGGAUCUUUUUAUAUUGGAAUUUGUCAAUAAUUUGCUCAUUUAAUGUUCAUUACAUAGCACAGAAUUGCCAUGCAAUUCCAGGCUGUGAUAAACUGAUUGUAAGAAGAUUUCAAAAUGUGGUAUAUAUGAAUAUAUUUCUGAGAAUUAA